AUGCGUUUCUCCACCAUCUCCGUCGCUUUCUUGGCCGGUGCCGUCGCCGCUGCUCCUCAGUACGACGUCCUCCCAAUCAGCCAGAUUUCCGACGGUCAGAUCCAGGCUCCUCCUGCCACUCCCCCUGCCGUCUCUGCGCCCUCUGCCGUCCCCUCGGGCGUUCCUUCGGUUGUCCCAUCUGCUGUUCCUUCUGGCGUCCCCUCUCCCUCUGCCCAGGUCCCAUCUCCCUCGGAGGUCCCUGUCGGCACCGGCCCCGUCCCUCUCCCAUCUGCCACUGCCACUCCCGUCGCUCCUGGCACCCCUGGCACCACCCCCAUUAUCAUUCCUCCCGGUGGCUCCAACUCCACUGUCCCCGCUCCCUCUGGCAGCGGUGCUCAGUCAAGCGGCCCCAGUGCUAGCGCCAGCGGAUCUUCCCCUGCUGGCUCCACCGGCGCCUCCAGCAGCCCUACCUCAAGCGCCAGCGUUCCCCAAGCUAGCGGUGCCGCCGCCGGCAACAUGGUCUCCUUCGGUGGCCUUGUCCUCGCCAUCGGUGCUGCCGUCUUCGCUUAA